GAAAGAUACAACGACGCAAUAACCAACCACCAUGAUGUCGUCGCAAGAGAAGCAAAUAAAGUCUUCACGUGCUAGAGCCGAAGCGAACGCGGAAGCCGAAGCCAAAGUCGAUAAUAAUCCAAGCUUUGGUUCCGAGCCCGAAUUCCUUGAAGAAAACAACAAUAACGAACUCGAGCACUUUGAAAGCAACGACCAAUUCGAGCACCACACUGGUAAGAUUUAAUUUGCGAUUCGUC